AUGGAUGCCCGAGAUACUCAUGUCAUUGUCGUUGGCGCUGGAAUAACCGGCCUCUUGAUCUGCCAGGCGUUGAAGAAGGCCAGCAUAAGAUUUUCCAUUUUUGAGAGGGAAGAGACAUUGAAUUAUCGUAGCAAUGAGUGGACAAUGGCAAUUCACUGGGCUCUACCUCUUCUCAAAGAAAUUCUCCCCGAGGAACUCUUCGCGAAAAUGGAUGAAAUUGCUUGCAAUCCCAUAGUCGGGAUUCAUUCUGGUCUCUAUCCCAUUAUAAACGGCGAGACAGGUGAGCUCAUAACCGGUGUGCCGUACGAGAAUGGGUUGCGAGUACCCCGAAGUCGAAUGAGAGCGUUGGCCUCUGAAGGAAUCAAUGUCCAGUACGGCAAACGUGUGACGGAUAUUGCGUUCAACGAGAGCGGGAAAGGUGUUAUAUGCAGCUUCUCUGAUGGAACCAUGGUCAGUGGAACCAUGAUUAUCGGCGCUGAUGGUCCAAAAUCCACAGUUCGCCAAGUUGCAAUGGGCAGCGAGGAAAAAGCAGCCGUGACAAAGUUUCCUAUCUUCCACACUAACAUGACUGUUUGUUACCACGAUGCCGAGAAAGCUCAGAUGGUCCGACGGCAAUACCCAACUAGUUAUUUGGCGUUGAGUCAGCGUUCCUUCCAUGCAUUCCAAUCAAUUUCGAGCAUGCCCGAAGGGCCUGAUCACCCCGAGUCCUGGAUUUUCCACAUGGCCAUGGCAUGGCUUAGUGAGGGCAACAAUGACUUGAGCUAUAAAGAUCGUCUGGCUCUGAUCAAAGAGCGUGCUGCCGGCAUGGGAGAACCUGCGCGUUCGGCGUUCAUGUGGCUUCCUGAUGACACCGAGGUACACAGAGCCGAUAUCAGCUACUGGGUCACACAGGCCUGGGAUAAUCGGCAAGGUCGUAUUACGCUUCUCGGAGACGCUGCGCAUCCAAUGCCUCCGUAUCGUGGCCAGGGGUUGAACCACUGCAUAAAGGACGUCUCGCUCCUUUCUGGGAUUCUCAAGACAGCGUUUGGUAGCACCACCACAACAAAUUCGCUCGCUGAGGGCGUGAUGAGAUACGAGGAGGAGAUGAUCCCUCGCGGAGCAGAAGAGGUCCGCUGCUCCGUAGAAAACGGUCUGCUGCUGCAUGACUGGAAGAAGAUCCAGGAGAGCCCCGUUUUUCGCCGCGGCUUCAAGCCCAUGGAUGGUCACGGUGACGCCGUCGCUGGUGCUGGUGCCGGCGCUGGAAAAGAUAUUAGCGACCAUGCGCGAGUGCAGAAGAAACGGGAUGCUGAGUUAGCUGGUACUCCACCUACGGCCAUUUAUUAA